AUGGAUAUUCAGUGUACAAAUAAUACAAAAAAGUCUAUUCAUUUACCUAAAAUCCAUUAAAACUAUUCAUAAAUGAAGAAAGAUAAAUUAAAACAUUUUUUUCGCAUUGAUAGAAGUAUAUCCGAUACAAAAUAACAUUAUUUUUACCAUUAGUCCAAAAUAUAAUAACCUUAAUUUAUUGAUCAACCUUAAACCGAAAGAUUAGCUCGAGAUAAUUAGUAUUUCAUCUUUUUGAUAUUUAGCAAAGAAAAAACAUAAGAUUUUUAAAAGAUUGAUUAACCAAGUUAAAGACAUUUAUUGUUGUAAAAAUGGAAAACCAAUCCUAAUACUGUUCAUCGAUAAAAUAAUGCAUAAAUCUAUGAUCAUAGUAGUAAUAAUUCUUUCUCUUCAAAUAAAACUAAUUUAUUUGAUGAAUCUGGAUCUGAUUCUGAUAAUUCUUCAAAUUAAUCUUCAGAUGAUGAGGAUUCUGAUCAAAGCUCAGAAAUGAGAUUCAAAGACAUUGAGAAAGAUAUAGACAAAAUAUAAAAGAAAAUAUGUAAACUAUUCUUAUUUCAUCCUUAGCAAAUGAUCUCAACAGAUCUUAUUUCGGUUACAUUAAGAAUUAAGAUAAAUUAAAAGAUUUAAUCUAAACUUUUAGAAAAAGAGAUUCUGUCAAUCCUUUAUAUUUUUAUUGCAUGAAUUAAAAUCUAUUUCCCAAAAGAAUUGAUCUAUCCAAUUGUUUAAUUGAAUAAAAAGAAAUGAAUUUUAAAGAUUUAAAAGUCAAUUCUAAAUAUUUUCCAUUGUUAUCCUAAUUGUUAAAAUCCAAAAAGUGUAAAAAAGUUAAAUCUAUCAUCUUAUCUUAUAAUCAUUUAAGAGAACAUUCAUUAUUAAUAUUUAUUGAUUCAUUUCCAGAUUCAUUAAAAGAUUUAAAUGUUUCAUAAAAUGAAUUAGGAAGAUAGGGAGCUCUAUUGAUUGCCAAAUUAUUUAAAAAACAUAAAAGGUAAUCUUAAUUCUUUAUUCAGCUUGAAGGCCUUAAAUAUUGCUAGCAACUUGUUAGGGGAUUAAGGAGCAAUUACUAUACUAAAUGCAGUAUAAGAGGCUCGAACUCUUAAAAAAUUAAACUUGUCUCAAAAUUAAAUCACUGACAAUGCAACUUUAGAAUUAUAAAAUUUUUUAGUAUCAAAUUUAUCAAUUGAAGUCUUAAUUUUAAAUUGGAAUUAAUUAGGACCUCAAUCAGGAAUUGGUAUAGCUAAAGCUUUGAAUUAGAAUAAGAAUCUAAAGGUGCUAGAUUUAAGUUAUAAUCAUUUAGGAUUUAAUGAAAAGAGUAAUUGCAUACUUUAAUGGUGUUAAUUAAUUGAAAAUCCUAAUUUAGCUUUAUGUCAUUUAGAUAUUUCAUACAAUUAAAUAAAUGAGAAAUAAAUGAUUUUAUUGUAAAAAGCAUUAAUUAAAAAUAAUACAUUAUAUGGUAUACACAUAGAGGGAAAUAAAUGUCCAGCUUUUAUUGAUGCUUUUGGAUUUUUGUAAUUCUCGAAACAAGAAAAUUUAAUUAAAUAGGUUUAACAAAAAAAAAUAUAAAUUGAUGGAGUUAAUUAUAUCCCUUUAUGUAAUUCUUAAGAAUUAUUAUUUAAUUGUUGUUGGAUUUGUUAAGGAUGGAAGGAACAUUAAUUUACUUAUACUCCUGAUUAGAAUAGUGAAUAAGUGCCAAUAUUUUUGCAUUUGGAUUUUCUUGAGUAUUUUUAUAAUUAACUAUAGUUAUAAGCCUAUUCCUUUGACUUCAAGUUUUGAGAUGAAAUAAUAAUUGAUGGAAUAAAAUAAGAGCAAUAAAUAAUUAGAACUUACUACUGGAGAAAUUAUUCAUUAAUUGAAAUCGAUAACCGAUACUGAAAAAAAAAUUACAAUGGCUGCUAUUGAAGAAGCAUAUAAUGUUGAAAAUAAUACAAAAAAUGAAGCUUAAAAUCAAAUUAUUGAAGAAUUUAAUAAGUUGUAUUACACUACUUAUUAAAUGUGUCCACCUAAAACUAAAAUUUUAUAUUUUUUUUCUGAUCCUCUCAGAGAGAGAUACUUCUAUGAUUCCAGUAUUGAAUAUAUCUAAAGUCCUCUUGAUGAUUUAAUUUUAUAAGGGAAAGACCCAAAACAUAAAAUGCAUGUCUUUGCUGAUAAUACUUAAAUUCCUUUUUAAAAAAUAAAAUUUGUAAAUGUCUUAAAUACUAAGUAAGAAUAUGUAAUUGAUGAUAAAAAUAACUAUAAACCUUUAAUUAAAGUGAAACCAAGAACUUUAUAAAGAAAAUAUAUAUUGACAAAAUAUUUGGGGAAAUUAAAAAAUAAGAAAGGAAAUGUUGCCAUUUGGUCAAAAGAUGAUUCUAUUAUUUUCAGGAGUAUGAUUGGGGAUUCAGUAGAAAUUUUAGAUUAAGCAUUUGAAUAAGAUUGGAAUUGCUCAAAAAUAUAAAGAUUUGUAAAAAGUGAUUAUGAGAAGAUUAAAUUGAAGGAAUAUUUUAGAUAGAAAUAUCAAUUGAUAAAAGAUAUAUAUAAAUAUUUUUCUAGUUUUGGAUAUUAACCACCUUAAUUUGAUGUAUUCUGUAUCUAGUAUGGUUAAUUUAAUAAGAUUCUUUCUUUUAUUGUUGAUGGUGAAAACUUAAAAUAAUCAGAUGUAGAAAGUGAUUUAGUUUCUAUAAAAAAUAAUGUUGAUUCAAAAUUUAUUUAUAAUCCUGAUAAAGCUAUAAUUAGAUAUUAAUUUAUGGAAGUUCUAUUUAGAUUAGCUAAUGAUAAAUUUAUUCGUUCAGGAUAAUGUAAGAAUUUUGCUGAUGCAGUCUAUAGAUUACUGAAAGAACUUGAAUAACAUUAUGAGAUUCUAGACAAUAGUUAAAAAUGGAGAGUAGAGAGAUUUUGGACAAAGGAAGUAGAUUUGAUAUUAUAAUUUAAAUAACCCUUUUUAAAAAAGUUGUAUGAUUUAGCUUCAGAUUUAACUAGUAAGAAAUGGUAUUUUAAAUUGAAAUGGAUAUCUAUAAAAGAAUUCAGAGAAUUUUGUAAAUUAUAUACAAAUGAUGUAUUGUCUGAGAAAUAAGUGACAGUAAUUUAUAAUUAUUCAAUGUAAACCUAAGCAGAUGAAGUAACAUAAGAUCGUUUUUUAAGAAUGACAUUUAAUGAAUUUUUAGAGGCAUUAGGGAGAGUGGCUGAGAAAAUAAGUCCUGCUCCUAUAGGGGAAGAUGCUUAAAUUUGGCCAAUAUUAGCAAGACAAACUUUGCCAUUACAUAUUAAAUUAGAAUCAUUAUUAACUUUUAUAUUUCUUAAAUUGAAAAGGUAUUAAUUUGAUUAGCACAGUUAGACAAUCAGAAUUUAUUUAAUAUACAGAUUUAUUUUGUAAAGAUAUUAUAGAUGCUUAAGAAUCAAGAAUAAUUUUUAUGCCUAAAGUUUAUGAAAAACAAUCUAGAUUAGAGAAUUUAGAUGAGUUCAUAUUAACAAAUACUUAAUUAACAGUAUAUAAUACAAUAUCCUUUAUCAGUAAAUAAAUUGAUAUAAUUAGAUUCUCAUCAUUAACCUUAUUUGCAUCCAAAUUAUAGAAAUUUCUUAUUAUAAACAACUAAAAAAAGAACUUUAAUUAAUCCAAAUAUUAUAUAUACUUUAAAUAAUAAUAAUGAUUUUAAUAGAUAAGUUUAAAGAAGAACAAAUAUUGUUGAAUAAUAAUAAUAAUAAAGUUUAUAAAAAAAUAAUAUAAUUGCAGUAAUGGAAGAGUAUGAUGAUUAAUGA